AGGAUAAACAAAACAGAGAAAGAGAACAAGAGCUCUAUUGAAUUUGAGUAGAUAGAGUGCGAGAGAAAGCAGACAUGGCGAUAUCAUUGGUAUCACUCUCGAGCGCAAGUACUACAACUAGGUUUCAAGUUCCUUCAGCUUCACUCACAUUUCUUGCAGGAGGAAGAAGAACAACAACUUCAUCUAUUAAUGUCAUUAAACCCUACACUCACUCAGGGCUUCUCCAUUGUUCAUUUGUUUCUUCUCCAACAUCUCUCUUUUCUUCCUCUUCGUUCUCAGGUAUAUCUCUUGGGGUGAAUUUGGAUAUGAACAAGGGGUUAAUAAGGGAUAGAAGUCGUGGUCUUCUGGUAAGGGCGGGAAAGGCAGCUCUAUGUCUUACUAAGAGGAGUAGGUCUCGGAAAUCACUUGCUCGCACCCAUGGAUUCCGCUUGCGAAUGAGAACCACUGGGGGAAGGGCAAUUUUGAAGCGUAGACGUGCUAAAGGACGGCAUAUCCUUUGUACAAAGACCAAUCCUAAUACUGGGAAAAGGUAAUUUUCUUUUGUAGUAGUAUGAAUCUGUUUCAACUUGUAAUUUGGCUAUCACUUGUGUCUUUUUGCGGCUCAGUUCAUGUAAACUUCUUAGAAUUCAACCUUUUGUGUAACAAAUGAAUCUUGUUUCCAACAUUUGCGUUAUUUUGUUAAUUGAUUGUGUCAUUUUUAGUUCUUU